ACGCCGCGUCUGCAGGUGCGGCCCCGCCCCGCUCUUUGCAGGACGUCACCGCGGACUGCAGGGGCCGAGCCGUCGCCGCACCGCCACCGCUGCUGUCGCGCAGCCCCACGCCAGCUCGGGGCCCCGUUGCCGCCACUGCCGGAGAAGUCGCCGCCGCUCGGUUGCUGCCGUCUGGGUGCAGGGCGAGAUGGCGUCUGCCACAGACUCUCGCUAUGGGCAGAAGGAGUCCUCGGACCAGAACUUUGACUACAUGUUCAAGAUCCUGAUCAUCGGCAACAGCAGCGUGGGGAAGACGUCCUUCCUCUUCCGCUACGCGGACGACUCCUUCACGCCCGCCUUCGUCAGCACCGUGGGCAUCGACUUCAAGGUCAAGACCAUCUACCGCAACGACAAGAGGAUCAAGCUGCAGAUCUGGGACACAGCAGGGCAGGAGCGCUACCGUACCAUCACCACCGCCUACUACCGCGGCGCCAUGGGCUUCAUCCUCAUGUACGACAUUACCAACGAGGAGUCCUUCAACGCCGUGCAGGACUGGUCUACUCAGAUCAAGACCUACUCAUGGGACAACGCCCAGGUGCUGCUGGUGGGCAACAAGUGUGACAUGGAAGACGAGCGGGUGGUGUCCUCAGAGCGUGGCCGGCAGCUGGCUGACCACCUCGGGUUUGAGUUCUUUGAGGCGAGCGCCAAGGACAACAUCAACGUGAAGCAGACCUUCGAGCGCCUGGUGGACGUCAUCUGCGAGAAGAUGUCCGAGUCCUUGGACACGGCCGACCCCGCGGUCACGGGCGCCAAGCAGGGCCCGCAGCUCAGCGACCAGCAGGCGCCGCCGCACCAGGACUGCGCCUGCUGAGGGCCCCGCCCCCCCUCCAGGGGCGGCCGCCCCCCCAGCUGCCCCGCCCCUAUUUAUUAUCGUAGCUAUUUAUUUAUUUAUUGACGAUGCCCUGCCCUGCUCCUCCGGCUCCCGUCUCCCCGUUGGUUUUUCUAAUCCCCCAUCACAGUCGCUGGAUGUGAAGAGGGGGCCAGGUGACACCUGGAGCAGGCUAAAAGGUGACAGGAGGUGGCUGCCUGCCUGCCCUGGGCUCUGGGGGUCCAGGCCACGCUCUGGGGACCCUGUGGACCAGGGGGUCAGCGUCUGGCAAGGCUGCGGCUCCAUGCUCCCACAGUCCCAGCUUCCUGGGUGGGUGGGGUGCCACGGGCCCCCCAGACCUGUUCUGACGUCAUGUGUCAAAUGUGCCCCCAGACCCCUAGGAAAUGUCUCGACACCACUCACUCCAAUAAAGCGAAUGGACCA